GUUUUUCAUUUUAACUUGUACUUGAUCCUUUUUUGCUUGAUGUCAUGUAUAUGACGGAUGAUCGGCCAUUAUGAACUAAAAUCAUUAUAGCAGUUUGUUCGAAUAGGAAAGCAACGGGGGCCUAAUUGCUUCGAUUAAUAAGAAAAAAAACACUACGAUCGAAUGUCGGUUUCCUCGCGAACGUCCAUCAAUCCGCCAGAGUCAGAAGAUGGCGACUCAAUUACUGGCGGUUCAAGGGAGGACGGUGAUUCCACUGAUUCUAAAGUCGCAAUUCCAAGGCAUCUUGGUCUAUGGGGCUGUGUGUGGCAUACGAUCGGAAACAUCAUCGGGACGGGCAUCUUCAUCUCGCCCUCUGGCAUCUUGAGAGGAACCGGUGGAUCGGUGGGGCUGGCACUGAUCUUCUGGCCAGUUUGUGGUCUAAUUCAGACCUGUGGCAGCUUCGUGUAUGCCGAACUUGCCGUCAUGAUAAAGAAGUCCGGAGGAGAACUGACUUUCCUCCAUGAUGCCUACGGUCCGGCCAUCGCCUUCCUCAAGCUCUGGAUCAUCGUCUUCUUCUUGACCGCUGGUUCGGCCAUCACGGCCAUCAUCAUCCCUGAAUACAUGCUUACCCCUUUCUUCCCCUGCUCGGAUCCGCCCAUCCUUGCCGUCAGAUUCAUGGGCAUCUGCGUCGUAUUGUUCUUAGUUGGGAUAAACUGCGUGAGUGUCCAGGGACCAACCCGCUUUGCUGGUUUCUUCACAAUCACGAAGACCAUUGGACUUAUUAUAAUCAUCACCAGCGGCAUGUAUAACUUAGCUACUGGCCAUACAACUUACUUAGCAAAUGGUUUCAGCACCGGCACUCCAAGUCUAAAGCUCUUACCUAUUGCAUUCUACGCAGGGACUUUUGCCUACGGAGGAUGGGAUGUUGUGGCUGCUUUGACGGAAGAAAUAAAACAACCAAAAAGGAACAUCCCUCUUAGUUUAGUAAUCUCUAUGACAAUCAUUAUCAUCGUCUAUGUGUUAACCAACGUCGCUUACUUCACACUUCUUUCACCCGAAGAAGUGCUUAACUCUCCAGCAAUUGCCGCGGACUACAGCGUAAAAGCGUUGGGUAGGUGGUCUUGGCUCAUUUGGUUCUUUGUUUCUAUGUCAGCUAUGGGUGCUCUCAAUUCAACCAUCUAUAAACGUGGAAGGCAACUCUUCGCCUUGGCACGAGAGGGCGUGCUACCUGAAAUCGCUGCAAUGCUCAACGUCAACUACCUCACCCCUAUCCCAGCGACCUUCGUCACCCUCAUCGGGCUCAUCUACCUAAUCGAAGAGGACAUCUUCAGCAUCAUCGCCUACGUCGGUUUCGUUGAAAACAUCUUUGAUACGAUGACGGUGGCGAUAUUGCCCUAUUAUCGAUGGAAGUACCCCAACCGGGAAAGAGAAUUCAAAUGCCCCUUGGUAUUGGCUAUUAUCUACAUGUGUGGCCAAGUCUUGGUUGCUGUCCUUGCGUUCUACUUGGAUCCCGUGAAGAAAUCUAUCGGUCUUGCCGUCGUACUCACCGGGCUUCCGUUUUACUUCGCCUUCUACCACCCGCGGUACAAACUCAAACAAGAAUGGGUCAAGAAAAGUUCAGUGAAACUGACAAGAUUUUUACAGAAGCUGUUCAACUGCGUCCAUCAAGAGAAAAGGACCUUUUAAAAAAAACCGAAAUUCAACUUUCCUUAUGUUUUUUGUAAUGAAGUAAAAGUAUUAGAUUGCUUUCUACAGGAACUACAUUUAUAGGCUCCUGUUUUACACAAGUAAACCUUUUUUUGCAGAAGCAUUAUUGCAGUUAUUACACUUCAUAAUUCCGAAGGUUCGUAAUUCCGAAGGUCCUUUAUUCCGAAGGUUCUUAAUUCCGAAACACGUAAAUUGCC